CAUCAUUUGUGCCUCACAAACCAAAGGGAAUCAACAUGAACAAAAUCGAUUUCCAAAAGCAUUUGAUAUAUACGACGUUGACGCGGAAUGCCACCACGUUAUACGCUUGUGAAAACGUCCAAUUGGUGCAUGCCUUGAGCAAGGUCAACUGCUCUGAGAUAAUUGCUCAAGAAUUGGGUUUGAUCAACGCCUCCAAAACCCUUAUCGGAUCCACACCUGCCAUUAGUAGUGGCAGCAAUAUUGAGUUGGCGCUUUACUUCAUCAAAAAGCUGUUGAGCAAUGCCGACGGAAGCAGUGAUCUAAUAACCGUCGUCACCAUAGCCCAUGUUAAUAUGAACAGAGCAUUGGUAUUAUCAGUGUUAAAAAAGAUCAUGGACAAGUACAUCGAGUUUAAACAGGAUCUAGACAGUGCGAGUGAAGGCUCCAAGUCGAAGUUGGGGGAGUUUAAGUUGUAUAUGAGCCAAAUCAUCAAGUUUGAGGAGAUGAACUACGACUCCAACCUGGGGUUAUACAACUACGGGUCCAUCACUCCACCGAGAGACGAGGAAGAGACACUGGGUGACGAGGUCAUCGGGCCCAGGAGCUUGGUGUUGGUGAACGAAGAGGUGGAGGAGGUGAGACAGUUGAUGCUUGAUAAUAUCAACAAGCUCAUGAAUAGAGGAGACAAGAUCAACCUUCUUGUGGACCAAACAGACCGCUUGACCAACUCUUCACUGGUGUUCCAGAAACGGGCACAGCUCAUCAAACGUCGGAUGUGGCUCAGUGGGGUUAAGUUCUAUUUGAUGUUGGCCUUUGGGUUCGUGUUCAUUCUUUAUUUAAUUCUAACUUCGGCUUGUGGGUUUCCCUUCUUGAGCCAUUGCAUCCAUCGGUAGGGACAACCACAGACCCUACCAUUAGUACAAUAGCACAUACAUAUGAGAUUCUUCUGUUCAAUCCUCUUCUUCUUGCUGGUUUUCUUCUUCUGGUUCUUCCAUCAGCACGCCUUCUAGUUCCGUGGCUUCUUGGGACACACCAGCAAUGGGAUUCGGCACUGAAACCUCCUCUAUUUCGUCUUCUUCAUCCGCGUUUGUGUCGUUCACUUCCUCCGUGUUGUCGUUAUCAUUAUCUUCGAUGCCGUUGUCUGAGUGAUCGUCAUCUUCAAGAGUGGUGUCCAUCACCGGUACGGCAUUUUCCAGGUUAUCUUUAAGACGCUUCACGUCAUUGAAGUCGGCAGGCUCGGUCCUGGAAGCUGCUUUCUCCAGUUUUCUCACCUCAACCGCCGCUUCAAAAGAUGCCAACUUGUGCUUGAUUUCUGGUACAAAUCCUGAAUACUCAGCUGCUUCCAAUGCUGCCAAAAUGUCCUGGGCGUUGACGGUCUUGCGGUCACUGGCCUUGGAGAUGGCCCGGGCGUGGAACAUCACGUGCGAUACAAACACGGUGGCAGACCUUUGAAGAGCUAUCAAUGAGUCUUUGGCCAUGGACAUAUUCGCGUCGUUGGAGUUGAGGAUAUCUUUGGCUAACCGCUGGAUGAUAGAACGCGGAAAGAGGAUCUCGUCAAUCGAGGUGAUCUCGGCUUCUCGGUUGGGCUGGGGGUAACUGCCAUCUGGGUUUUUUCUCCAACCUUUUGGUGGCAUUUUGAGUUGUUGGUAGGAAAGAUGGAAAUGUAAGAAAAUGC